AUGCCCUGGUGGAAUAACACGUUCUCUCAUCUUGACGAUACGAAGUAUCUAACUUGCACGAUUCAGCAGCAAAUAUUUUGCAUGAUGAAGAUCCACGAGCACGAAAUCAUCUGCGACUGCCCGGUGGAGUGCUCCGACAUAAGCUACAAAAUGAACAUCGUUUUCGACGGGAUUCACGAGCACAAUGUGGAUCAACUAAAGCAGCUCGGCGUACCGACUAGCGAUGAGGAGCGCUGCGAGAAAGUGAACGAGAACACGACCAGCUUCAAAAUCAAAGUGACGACGGCGAUGGAAGCCGAAUUCGAGCUGCAGGAAAAGGCUGACAUCACGCCGAUGCAGUUUGUUGCGGAUGUCGGAGGUACAGCUGGAUUUAUGCUCGGCAUGUCAAUAGCGACAUUGUUAGCUGUCGCCGAUUUCAUGGUUGCAUCUGUUUAUAACUUUCUGUACUGGCUCGUCAAGAAUAUCUAUCUUACGAUAAAGACGACUCAUGCAUUCAAGAGAAUAAUGAAGCGACCACCUGCAAUGACAAGGAAAGAGAAAUCGCUGAAAGAAGAACUGUUUGCAAACAAAAAAAUUUCCACGUACGAUUAA